AUGAGGGUACUCAAAGGACUACCUCCUUACUUUGAGAUGCUGAAGGUGGUGUUGAACAACCAGUCAUCAUCGCUCACUAAGGAUCAGCUGCUUGCCUCCUUGAGGAGCGAGGAGAUGCGGAUUGGUGUCGCACCAAGAUCGGAUGGUGUAGCCACUUUUGGAGCGGGUACGAAACGAUGUCCUCAUCGACCUAAGGGAGGCAUUCCGGCAUUCUCAAAACGGGGGGGUUGUGGAUCCAACGGCAAGGCAAAGGUGGCGGAUGAGGAGGAGCAAGAUGACAAGGCAGAGGCAGUGGUUGGAGAGGCAGUUGCAGCAGUGGGAGAGGAGCAGCCGCGAGAGGGGUGGUGGAUUGACACUGGGGCCAGCCACAACUUUACUCCUUAUGCAUCGGACUUCCAAAGUAAGCUUCAGCCACAAGAGGUUCGGGGAGUUAGAUUGGGAGAUGGACGGGUGGUGAAAGCUGUUGGCACGGGUGAGGUGCCAGUGGUUGGUGCUAGAGUGCGCACACCGCCACUAGGAAGAGCGGUGUAUGUCCUCAGUCUCAUUGACGACUUCACCAGACGAGUUUGGUCGUUCCCACUCCCCAACAAGGAAUCGACCACAGUCGUAAAAGUCAUUCGCCAGUGGCAUAAGGACGUGGAGUUGGAGUGUGGGCGGAAGCUGAAGGUUGUUCGCUCCGACAGGGGUGGCGAGUUCUCGGGGGACGCUGUGAAAGCAUGGAAAGCGGAGUUUGGCAUCAAAACCCAAUUGAGAGUUGCAGAUACACCGCAGCAGAAUGGGGUCGUGGAGAGGUGGCACAGGACGAUGGCAGAGGGGAUUCGCACAUUGUUGGUUGACAAUGGUCUCCCUGCUCGCUUGUGGGGUGAAGCAUUGAUGUGGGUCGUGUGGGUUAAGAACAGGGUCAUCCACAGUGCUUUGCCCGCCUCCAUCACACCAAUGGAGGCGUGGUCUAGCCAGAAGCCGCAUGUGGGCAUGGCUCGGAUUUGGGGUUGCAUGGGGAGUGUCAUGCUGCAUGGUCAUGAGAAGGGUGGCAAGCUUGAUGCACGGGCUGUCAUGUGUGUGUGUGUUGGGGUGGACAUGGAGAGCAAGGGUUGGCACAUGCUGGACCCUUCUCUCAUGCGCAUUCACAUUGCUCGGGAUGUUGAUUUUCUUGAGAAUGUGAUGUGGAAGGACUGGGACAAAGCAAAGGGAUUUGGGGAGCUUCCGCAGGAUGCAGCUGAGAUUUCCCAACUCCUCCCUCUUCCACUCUCGCCACCCUUAGCAACGGUUGACGACGCUGAGAUGCCAUCUUCAUCACUGCCACUGGCACCGCUGAGUGUGUCGGUGCAGCAGAUGCCCACCCCCUCUGCAGCAGCUCAGUGGCCCCUCGGUCAUCCAGAGGAGAUCCGCUACACAGGCUACUUCCUCUUCCUCCUCCCUGGUCAGCGCUCUGUCCCUCUCUCUACGGGUGCCCCUCCGUCACCAGCGACUACCUCCCCACCACCGGUUACGGGUUUGCAGAUGCUUGGUAUCCAGUCUGGUACAGGUGGUGAGGAGGUAGCGGGGGAUGCUGGUGUGGUUGAGGGCAUGCUGUGUUUGGCCAGGGAGGUGGAAGGUGUUGCACUGGCAGGUGUCAAUGAGGUGCUUGCUCAGAGGUACGAGAUGAAGGAUCUAGGUGAGGUAUCCACGUACCUUAGUGUGGAGGUUCGCAAGUCGGUCAAGGAUGGGUGGUUGGAGAUUGGUCAGGAGAAGUAUGUCCGUGGUCUCCAGGGAAGAUUUGGUGAUCUGGUGAAGGAGACCCAUAGGGUGCAUACUCCAAUGUCACCCAAUGAUCUCUCUAAGAUCAGGAAUGGUACUUGA